UAUUGAAAGAAUUGAGUGGAUUGGUGUGCCUUCUCUUCAGAAAACAUAUGGSUGAAGACCUCUUCUAACUUUCUUUCGCUGAGUUGUGCAAUUCUGUUUAAUCUUCAAACUGGCGAUGUCAAGGGUGCCGAGUCCUCCUCCUCCGGCAGAAAUGUCGAGUGGACCUGUAGCAGAGAGCUGGUGCUACACGCAGAUUAAGGUGGUGAAGUUUUCCUACAUGUGGACCAUAAACAACUUCAGUUUCUGCCGAGAGGAAAUGGGUGAGGUCAUCAAGAGCUCAACCUUUUCUUCGGGAGCCAAUGAUAAACUGAAAUGGUGUUUACGUGUGAACCCUAAAGGCUUGGAUGAAGAAAGUAAAGAUUAUUUAUCCCUCUAUCUAUUACUGGUGAGCUGUCCAAAGAGUGAAGUUCGAGCAAAGUUCAAAUUUUCRAUCCUGAAUGCAAAAGGAGAAGAAACAAAAGCAAUGGCUGUUUGUUUGAAGCACCGUAUCUCUCUUGCAGAGAGCCAGCGGGCGUAUCGAUUUGUACAAGGCAAGGACUGGGGAUUCAAAAAAUUUAUUAGAAGAGACUUUCUGUUGGAUGAGGCCAAUGGACUUCUUCCAGAUGACAAGCUCACCCUCUUCUGUGAGGUGAGCGUGGUGCAGGACUCGGUCAAUAUCUCCGGCCAGAACACGAUGAACAUGGUGAAGGUCCCGGAGUGCCGCUUGGCCGAUGAGCUGGGAGGACUCUGGGAGAACUCGCGCUUCACGGACUGCUGCCUGUGCGUGGCGGGCCAGGAGUUCCAGGCUCACAAAGCGAUCCUGGCAGCGCGUUCCCCAGUUUUCAGCGCCAUGUUUGAACAUGAGAUGGAAGAGAGUAAAAAGAAUCGGGUUGAAAUCAAUGAUGUGGAGCCUGAAGUUUUUAAGGAAAUGAUGUGCUUUAUUUACACGGGGAAGGCACCAAAUCUUGACAAAAUGGCUGAUGACUUGCUGGCAGCUGCUGACAAGUAUGCUCUGGAACGUCUGAAGGUGAUGUGCGAGGAUGCGCUGUGCAGUAACCUGUCUGUGGAAAAUGCAGCGGAGAUUCUCAUUCUGGCUGACCUACAUAGUGCUGAUCAACUGAAAACUCAAGCAGUGGACUUCAUUAACUAUCACGCUUCUGACGUGAUGGAGACCUCGGGCUGGAAGUCGAUGGUAGUGUCACAUCCCCAUUUGGUGGCAGAGGCGUAUCGCUCUCUGGCCUCUGCACAGUGUCCCUUUCUGGGACCCCCACGUAAGCGACUGAAGCAAUCCUAAGGUCCGGUUGUUCCACUACCCCAUGUUUUUCUGGAAGCAACAGCGGCUGUUGCUGCUCUAACCUUGAUCACCAGGUAGACAGCGAAAUCUGUGGAGCUUUUACUCUGUUGUUGGGGGGAAAAGACUGCUUCGUGACACCCAGACUUUUUAAAACAGCACCAAGUAACUUGGGGAGAGGGGGGAGGGUGGGCCUGGGGCUCUGGGGCUGUUCAACCUAACGAAUCCCUGUCGCUGCAUCGUCUGUGUGUUCCCUUCGACUUGGCUGAGUCAAUUACGUACAGGGCUCGGUUUAGGCACCGGCCCGAGUCGGAAUCACCCAGCAGUGGUUCUGGGGGAAAGCAACGUCUCUGCGUCUGGCAGCACAGAACAAAUCGUCAGAUGCCUGGAGCAAGAGGACAUUUUAGCUUUGGAGAGAGCGCUGGGGGUGUCAAAAGAAUUUCCAGGGAGGUUCUGGAAAGGAAGUACGUGGUGGGAGCUCCAGUAGUAUUUAUAUCAAAAAAAAAAAAAAAAGAAUUUAAGUCUUUCCAGCUGAGCUAAAAACUGGACAUUUGUGUAACUCCUUAUCCAGCAACAAGAAGAUCAGUUUCUCUGUUAGUAGCACUUGUAUGUUAAUUGCAAAAAAAGAAAAAAGAAAAAAAGAUCUUUUAUAAAAUGACAGGUUGAAGUGAAAGGGGACAGUGAAGGGCUGUGUGCUCUGGAGGGUGUGAAUAGACUGAAGGCGGCCCUUGGCAAGUCUGCACUGGUUUUGAAAGAACCAGAAAAUCCUUGAUCUGGAGCGUGCUGUCUGACAAGAGCAACGGUUACUGUUUUUAGAUAUUGUGGGAAAUGUUUUUGGCAUUUUUCCCUGCUUUAUUUCCCUCCUCCCCCCUUUUUUUUAAAAAAAAAAAAAAAAAAGGAGAAAUUUUAUUGUUCAUGAACGCUGCGUCAAAAGUCCCUGUCCUGAGUUGCUAAAUGAUUCUUAACAACUGUUUGUACCUGACUUGCCGACUGUAUAGGAGCCAGUCCUGUUCCUUUCUAUUAGUCACUCUUCUUACAGGGAAGAAGUUUCAAAAUAGCUGGUAACUUUUUUU